CCGUCCGUCUCUAGGACCCCGCAGACACCCUUGCAGAGGGAGGGCUUCACAGCGGAAGCAGAGCGAGCAGCAGACGCUAACGUACCGAUGCUACCAACGAUAUAGCUUCACGAACAACAUUUACUAUCUUGAUAAUAACAUUUAACGCCGACCGCCAUGUCUCAGGUGGAGAAGAAGGUGGGGCUUCUCCGGAGGUCUUCCUCCUCCAAGAAGCCGCUGAAGGAGAAGGUGGUGCUGAUGUACGACGAAAUCUUUGCGAAAGAAGACCCCUCCAAACACAACCCCCGCUUCUGGGACGAGCUGUUCCUCAUGAAGGUGAACCUGGAGUACCUGGAGUCCAAGCUGGAGAGCGUGGACGGGGAGGAGGUGCAGAGGAUCCAGGACAACAUCAACUCUCUGUUCCACCACUGUGUGCAGGCACUGGGGGAGGAGCACCAGAUCAAGGUGGUCAACGCCCUGCAGACGCUGUGCGCUCUGUUCCGCGGCGUCCACCAGAAGAACAAGUCGUCCUCGGGCUUCGACAUCAUCAACAUGCUGAUGGGCUUCGACAAGGCGGAGCUCCGGAUGAAGGACCUGAUGGAGAGCCUGGACAGCCUGCUGUGUGGGGACGGAUCUGAGAGUCUGAAGAGUCUCUGCCUCAAACUGCUGCUGUGCCUGGUCACGGUGACGGACAACAUCAGCCAGAACACCAUCCUGGAAUACGUGAUGAUCAACAGCAUCUUUGAAGCCAUCCUCCAGAUCCUGUCAGACGUGUCCAGCAGGGGGCAGCAUGGCUAUGACGCGGUGGUGCUCCUCGCUCUGUUGGUCAACUACAGGAAAUAUGAGUCGGUGAACCCGUACAUCGUGAAGCUCUCCAUCGUGGACGACGAGCCCACCCUAGACGGAAUGGGGAUGGUGGUGCAUCACGCGCUGACAGAAUACAGCCGGCAGUACAAGGCCAAGGAGGAGGAGAACCAGGGGGGCUUCUUCUCCACCCUCACCACCAUGGUGGGCAACAUGUUCAUAGCGGACGCAGACGAGAAGCUCUCCGUACAGACCAACGAGGCCAUCCUGCUGGCGUUGUACGAAGCCGUUCAUCUCAACAGGAACUUCAUCACGGUGCUGGCCCAGAGCCACCCGGAGAUCGACAUGGGGGUCACCUCCAUCAGCCCGUCUCCCACCACCCCCACCACCCCGCUGGGCACUAGCCCCCCCUCCCUGGACGCCAUGAACAACCAGGAGCAGCUGACUCUGGACCCCAACCUGCAGACCAGCAACCUCCUCAUCACCUUCCUCAAGUACGCCUCCAUCGUCAUGCAGGACACCAAAGAGGAACACAGGCUCAACAGUGCACGGCUGUGUCUCAUCAUCCUCACCUGCAUCGCGGAGGACCAGUACGCAGACUCCUUCCUCCACGACGACAACAUGAACUUCAGGGUCAACCUGCACAAAAUGCCGAUGAGGCACAGGAAGAAGGGAGUGGACAAGAACAUCCCCUGCCGCCCGCUGGUGUGUGCGGUCCUAGAUCUGAUGGUGGAGUUCAUCGUCACUCACAUGAUGAAGGAGUUCCCCAUGGAUCUGUACAUGCGCUGUGUCCAGAUCAUCCACAAACUGAUCUGCUACCAGAAGAAGUGCAGGAUCCGCUUACACUACACCUGGAGGGAGCUGUGGUCAGCUCUCAUCAACCUGCUGAAGUUCCUGCUCUCCAACGAGACGACGCUAUUGGCCAAGCACAACAUCUUCCAUCUGGCCCUGCUGGUGGUGAACCUCUUCAACAUGUUCAUCACGUACGGGGACACCUUCCUGCCCACGUCCAACAGCUACGACGAGCUCUACUACGAGGUGGUGCGCAUGCACCAGGUGUUUGACAACCUCUACUGCAUGGUGUUGAGGGUCUCGACCAACACCGGCCAGUGGAAGGAGCCCGCCAGCAAGGUCACACACUCUCUGGUCAAUGUUCGGGCCAUCAUCAACCAUUUCAACCCCAAGAUCGAGUCGUACGCGGCCGUGAACCACAUCUCCCAGCUGUCUGAAGAGCAGGUGCUGGAGGUGGUGCGGACCAACUACGACACCCUGACCCUGAAGCUGCAGGACGGUCUGGACCAGUUUGAGAGAUACUCAGAGCAGCCCCGCGAGGCCGCCUUCUUCAAGGAGCUGGUUCGCUCUAUCAGCCUCAACGUGCGGAGGAACGUGUCUCUGAGCACCAUGAGCCAGGACCUGCUGCUCAAGGAGUUCUCCACCAUCUCCUGAACAGCUCUGCCCCCCGCCACUCAGCCUGUCAACAGCGUGCUCCAACCUGGCAACCCGCACCACCCCAGGUCUAGCCUGAGACCCCCCCCCCCCACUGAGUCUCGAUGCCCCCAGGGGGUGAGGGAAGCUCCCAUUGGUCCACCCUGGUCAGGACUCAAACCCAACGACAACCUAGCCAGACAAAACCAGUCACUCUACAAGUAUUCCCUGUGUGUGUGUGUGUGUGUGUGUGUGUGUGUGUGUGUGUGUGUGUGUGUGUGUGUGUGUGUGUGUGUGUGUGUGUGUGUGUGUGUGUGUGUGUGUGUGUGUGUGUGUGUGUGUGUGUGUGUGUCUCUACUACUACUACUACUACUACUGAUUCACAGUAUUUGAGGACCUAUUAACCCCCCAUCAUGUUGAAGCCCUCUUCAGUGCUCCCCAAAGGUUAAGUCGGUUUCCGGACCCAAACGUAUCGAGUAGGACCUGUUUCAGAACGGACUGAGUACCAGCCGGUUCAGAGCUCUGGACAGGCUGCUGACCGCCUGGUUCAUAGGACGGCUUACGGAGGACAUGCGGUGAUGACAACAACCCUGAAGGGUGUCCUCAGUGUGAUUGUCAAACUCUUCUUCAUGACGGUUCUCCUGAGGGGGUGGAAGGGGGCGGGGUCGCCCUCUAGGGGUUGUCUUUCCUUUAAAUCACGUUAACACUUUCCCCUUUAAAAUGCACACGCCCCCCCCCGGAGUAGGGUGAACACUAAACCAGAGGGAGGGACCAGGAGACCGGCUGGAGACACCCGAGGUCCAGACCCCGAGGGUGGGUCUGACCGUCUGAAGAGCAUCACUCUGAGACCGGGAGCUUCCCAGACGUAUUUCUUAAGGUUCUCAUGUCAGUGGGCUCCCUCUCCAUUUGACCUCGGUUAAGUUAUGAUCAUUGAUUUUUUUUAAUAAACCUUGUUGUCCUUCUACUAUU